AUGAUUGCGGAUCCGGUCCACAAUUUCACAUGCACAUUCUAUGAAUGGUCACGAAACCCACAUCACGCCAAAUUCUUUCGAAUAUUCUCCAUCAUAUCGGUACUGACGGUACUUGUGGUCGUUGUCGUCCUCGGCAAUUCACUUGUCAUAGCUGCAGUACUUCUCCGGAGGCGUUUACGAUCUGCUACCGGAUUGCUGAUUCUCUCCCUAGGUGUUGCGGAUCUUCUGGUAGGAACUGUGAUUCUCCCGUUCAGUAUUGCAAAUGAAGUACUUAACGGAUAUUGGAUAUUUGGUGAAACGUGGUGUACUAUAUGGCUGACGAUGGAUAUCUGGAUGUGUACAGCCUCCAUAUACAAUCUUGUGGCGAUAUCUAUCGAUAGAUACAUAGCCAUCAUCAAGCCGCUUAACUAUCCAAUGCUAGUGACCAAAUUCCGUGCUCGAUGUACCGUUGCGGUCGUGUGGAUAGGCUCAUUCAUCAUAUGCAGUCCAAGCUUCUUUCUUGCCUCAUCCAUUAAGGACGUCAAUCAAGAGCCUUGCAAAUGUACUCCCGCUAAUGCUGGUCGAGCUUACAUCACAUUUAGUGCUUCAAGCAGCUUUUACGUGCCUAUGAUAAUCGUGAUAUUCGUCUAUUUCCGUAUUUACAUCGCCGCCAGAGCUGCUACCAAGAGCAUCUAUUCGGGGAUGAUGCAAGUAACUGCCAAUGCCAACAAGAACACCAAGAGCUAUCUGAUUAAUCAUCCCAACGUGUUGGCCAAGGAAUCGCUUCCAAUGCUGCGAGUACAUCGUGGUUCUUCUGUAUCAACUGUUCGACCAACCAGCAUAAAUUCGAAAGAAGUAAAUGGGUCAGGCAUCGGUGGACGUAGAACGAAGCGACCUAGCAACACAUCUCUUUCUCCCGUAAAAGACGAGAGGGAAGGAAAAGUUCCACAAAUAAUGCCUGCAGUACAUGAACCGUCGCAAGAACGCGAUUCGAGCGAUGCAAAGACACUGCGAGAGGGGAAGGGACAAAGCACUGAGUCUGACGAUUCGUGUGGAUCGCCAUCACAACGGAAGAAUGACCAAUCCGCCGAGCCAAAAAACACUGAGGCAGCGCCACAGCAGACAGCAAAGUCAUCGCCACUUAUCUCCAAAUUACGGAAGAAUCCACUUCGAACGCUCAUCAAUCGAGGGCACACAAAGAAAAGUGGCGGUGCUUAUGAGAAACGGCUCUCGUUGGAGAUCAAAGCAGCAAAGACGGUGGCCAUUGUAACCGGUUGUUUCAUAUUCUGUUGGCUUGGAUUCUCAUUGCUCUAUGGGCUGGAACUACAAACGAAUGAUGUCGUAUGGUCGGUGCUAUUCUGGCUUGGCUAUCUGAACUCGGCUCUGAAUCCCGUCAUCUACACCGUGUUCAAUCGCGAGUUCCGCACCUGCUUCAAACGGCUACUCACAUGUCAUCAUCUCAACCACCCGAACGCUAGUAAGUUCACCAACAACAUUUCGUACAAUUCAAAUGUGAGGUCUGGAGUGAAAAACUAUCGUACUGCCUCAUCUCCACCACACAUCUAUGGAUAUAAUGCUAACACUAACAUGAGUAAAUAA